GUAGCAAACAGUGGGCCUCAGUCCAUGCUGCAUGACUCCAGUUUUACGCAGAUGAUGUUUGAGACCUUCAACACCCCAGCUAUGCAUGUGGCUAUCCAGGCUGUGCUGUCCCUGUAUGCCUCUGGGCGUACUACAGGUAUCGUCAUGGACUCUGGCGAUGGGGUCACCCACACAGUGCCAAUCUACGAGGGCUACGCCCUGCCCCAUGCCAUCCUGCGUCUGGACUUGGCUGGCCGUGACCUGACUGACUACCUCAUGAAGAUCAUGACGGAGAGAGGCUACAGCUUCACCACUGCGACCGAAAGGGAAAUUGUGCGUGACAUCAAGGAGAAGCUCUGCUAUGUCGCCUUGGACUUCGAGCAGGAAAUGGCCACGGCUGCUUCAUCUUCCUCCCUGGAGAAGAGCUAUGAGCUACCUGAUGGUCAGGUGAUCACUAUUGGGAACGAAAGGUUCCGGUGCCCAGAGGCAAUCUUGCAGUCCUCCUUCCUGGGGAUGGAGUCCUGUGGCAUUCACGAGACCACUUUCAACUCCAUCAUGAAGUGUGACGUAGAUAUCCGAAAGGACCUCUAUGCUAACAUGGUGCUGUCUGGGGGAAGCACCAUGUAUCCUGGCAUUGCUGACAGAAUGCAGAAGGAGAUCACGGCCCUGGCACCCAGCACAAUGAAAAUCAAGAUCAUUGCCCCACUGGAGCGUAAAUAUUCCGUCUGGAUUGGUGGCUCCAGGAGGGAUAGCUCAGUGGUUUGA